CUCUUUCUUCUUUCUUUCCGGGUCUGGUGUUGCAGCAUGGACGACCAGGAUAAUUGGGCUGAAAUAGAGAAAGCAGCAAAUGAGAAGAGACGUGAGCUUGUAUUGCAAGGUUCAAUUGUAGAUGAGAAAAUAUCAUCAAAUGGGGGUCUGAGUUCCAGAAUCUAUUCUCUCACACUCCUAAAUUAUCUCGAAAUUAUCCAAUGCCCGAGUCUGACAGAGAUUCAUGAAGACAUCAAAAAUUUGACAAACCUCCAAAGCUUGAUUCUCUGUAGAAAUAAGCUUUCAUUCAUUCCUAAAACAAUUGGAAAUUUGAAGUCAUUGAAAGUCCUUGACGUGUCUGUCAAUAACCUGAAAGUUCUGCCUGAUGAAAUAACACACCUUAGCGAUCUAAAUACACUCAACGUGAGUUGCAACAACCUCACAUCACUGCCAGAUGGACUGUGUCGCUGCACGAAACUCUCCACCAUCAAUAUCUCCAAGAAUGAGAUCACUCGAUUCCCAGCAGACUUCUACACAGAUCGACUGGAUCUCCUCAGCUCGAUCAUCGCCUCUGAUAACAGUAUUGAGGAGCUCUGCGGAGACGUUCACAAGCUCUCUGCACUGAAGGUUUUAGACCUCUCCAACAAUAAGCUAAUUGAGAUCCCUGCGGACCUCGGAGACUGCUCCAAACUGAAGGAGAUCAACUUCAAAGGUAAUAAACUGAAAGACAAGCGUCUGGAAAAGAUGGUCAACGGUUGUCAGACCAAGUCUAUUCUGGAUUAUCUGAGAGCCGGAGGAAGAGGGAAAGGAAAAGGCAAGCAGCAGGAAGAGGGUGAUAAGGCAGAGAGUGGCCGGGUAGCUGACAAGAAGAAAAAGCAGCACAAGAAGAAAAAGAAUGUAGAGGAAGAGGAGGUGGAUGAGUUGAACCAGAUGGUGGUGAAGAUUCUUCAUGUUUCUGAAAGCCCCACAGCACUAACAGUGACAGUGACAUCUGAGGUGAAAGAUGUGCGGCCGUACUUGGUGUGCUGUGUGGUCAAAGGAAUGAACUUGAAGUCAGGGAAUGCCCUCAAGAGGUUUCUAGUUGCUCAGACCAAACUACAUGAUGACAUAUGUGGCAAAAGGACCACCGCAACCAUUGCGACUCAUGACGUGCAGUUACUCAAGGGACCUCUUGUCUAUGAUGCCAGACCACCUGCCCAGUUAAAGAUCAUCCCUCUAAGUCGUAAGGAGAUGACUUCUGUGGACCUGAUGAAGCAGCUGCAGCUGGAGGCAGACGACCAGAGGAAACAGAAGAAGAGGCAGAAUGUUUCUGGCCUCCACAAGUACUUGCAGCUUCUUGAUGGGAAAGAACUCUACCCCUGUCUGGUAGACGCCGAAGGUCAUGUGAUCUCAUUCCCACCAAUCACCAACAGCGAAAAAACCAAGAUCAGGAAGACGACUAAAGAGCUGUUUUUAGAGGUGACCAGUUCUACCAGCCUGCAGACCUGUAAAGACAUCAUGGAUGCUCUCAUUAUGAAAAUGGCGGAGUUGAACAAGUUUACCUCAGAGCACAGGGAGGAAGCUGGGUCAGAAGGGGAGUGUGACGCAGCCCCAGACUCUGCCUCUGAUGGGAUGACCUCAAGCGAGCUUACCAUCCAACAGGUUCGCACCGUGGACCCUGACGGAAACCUCAAGGUUGUUUACCCCUCCAAAACUGACCUCUCUACAGAUGUCGACAACCUGAAAGUCAUCUGGUAGUGCACCAACCAGCUGUUUAAUUGAACCACUCACCAAACAUCACACUAAAUCAGUUGUCUGUUUAUUUUGGGGGCAGUGCAUGUACUAGACAUACAUGAUGGAAUAAUUUAAAAAUAUACUCAAAAUA